AGAGCGAUAGCGGCUAAAUAAGAUGUUCUUGUUACUGUAUUCAACAUGAGUGGGUCUGAAAGUCCCGUGGCCAAGCUGCAGCUUGAGCUGCCACCAGCUCUAGGACAGGAAAUCAAGACCACAAGACGCUGCUCGUUCGAUGCCCAAGGUCGCUUUGCAGUAUUCGAGCAGGCUUUAGCAGGAGAAGCGACUUUAUCGGCCUCUCCUCGAGCACACAACAUUCAGCGCCUCACGCCGUCGUAUCGAUCCCCACGUGACCAAGAUCGCUAUCCGCGGUUUGCAACUACAGCAACGAAAGGGGCCGUGGCUGCAAGACUGGGACUGGCAAUUCAAGCAGCACAACAGAACUCGCCCACGACGCGGACACCGUAUCGAGCUCCGAGUGACCACGAAUUCCGCGAACCAGUUUCUCCACUCAAAUGGGCCCCACAGGCCAAUGGCCGGGACUUCCAGACCAACUUCACAUUGCCCAGUAACCAAGACAUUCGACGGCGCACUGCACGAGAUCAGGAAGGAUUCUUCGGAGCCGCCCCAGGUGAAGACUUGAAGCAGGAAAUAGUGAUAGCAACUAAGCCGCAAACUGCUCGUUCACCAACGAAGUCGUCACGUGGUAAGCCGGAGUUCACGUCUCGAGUGACGCACACGUCUCGCAAGAGUGCCAAUAAAGCGCUACGACUGGAGAUAAUUCUUGACCAAGAAGGUUUGCUACCUCAGCUCCAGGAGAUCCGACAGCACAGGUAUCGCGACGAAGUGGCCAAGUCACCCGUCCCAUUCCUCGCGAGCUUCCGGCCUGCAUCACCACUGCAGCCGAUGUCACCGCACUGAAUCCGUGAGUCUUUACCAUUUUGUCACAGCUAUUCAUUCCUCCCACACUGGACGGAUACAUUUCCACAGAAGACAAAUACACAUGAGCUUAGUUG